CCAUAUAAUCGCUUCCAACUAAUUUGAAAUUAAAGUUUAGUUGUUGUUUUCGUACAGUGAUUAUCUUAUAUAUUUAUAAUAUAGAAUAUUAAUAAUCUAAAUUUACCAUUUUAGUAUGUAAAAGAAUACUUAAUAUUUAAAUAUGAACAAUGUGAGCCACUAUUAUGCAACUGACAAAAACAGUAAUUUGUUUUGUAACUUUUGCUUUAAGGAAGCAGCCAUGUGCAAAUGUAGACCUAUUUUAGCACAGGAAACAAAAGAGCAAAUCCCCUCUAAUCUGAUUGAACGCAUGAAUCCUGAGUAUAUGAGGCCUACACAUUACACAAACUGAACCAAGUGAAAAAGCUCACAUGCUUACACGUGACUACACCUCCUCAAACUAUUCUCACAUAUCAUUCCCUCAUGACAAUAUCAAUAACGUGGCAAGUUCUCAUUGGUUGGUUAGCUGAAGGUGCGGUGGCUGGCUUCCACAGGAAAUGCAAAGAGGCUAGUCACCUAUACUUUACCAACCAAUGAAGCUUGGAUGGCACUUCACCCAUUGAUUAGUGACUUUGAUGCUAAAAGUACAUAACCCAAUGAGGUCAACAAGUCAUCAUCUCCAAUGAAACAACGAAAGCCAAAGCAAGAAAAGCUAACGACCCACAAAAUAAUGUAGUAGAAGAUAAGGCGAGAGAAAGGGAGACACCAACUUCCCAUCUCCUCUGCUUUGCUUUGCUUACCUUCUCAUCUAAGCCCCCCAAACCCUUCCUUUUCCUAUUACCUCUUGGCUCUUCCCUUCCCAUCUCUCCCUCUCUGCACCUGAAAAUUUAGUGUAAAUACUGAAGCAAGUGGCUACCAAGAUUCAACAACAUGGGUUCUGUUGGGAACCAGAAUCCUUGGGCACCCUAUGAUGUCUAUAAAGAUUGUUCCCAACAAAUUUGCAGCAUAUAUUGUCCACAAUGGUGCUACAUAAUUUUCCCUCCUCCUCCUCCCUUUACCAUUGGAGAUGAUGAUUCUGGAACUGAUUUCUCCCCUCUCAUUAUAGCAGUGAUUGGCAUCUUGGCCAGUGCUUUUAUCCUGGUAACUUACUAUACCAUCAUUUCCAAGUAUUGCAGGCGAGGAGGCCAUGAUGAUAAUAGGUCGGAAUUGGGUGAAAAUCACGACCAAAUCACUAAUGAAGCCUGGCAGGGUUCUGCAGCUGGAUUGGAUGAGGCUCUUAUCAAGUCAAUUACCGUAUGCAAAUACAAGAAAGGUGAUGGGUUCGUUGAAGGCUCAGAUUGCUCUGUUUGUUUAAGUGAAUUUCGAGAAAAUGAGAGCUUAAGGUUAUUGCCUAAGUGUAACCACGCAUUUCAUCUCCCUUGUAUUGAUACUUGGCUUAAGUCUCAUGCUAGUUGUCCUCUCUGCCGUGCCAAUAUUGCACACACCAACAUCCUGCCUACCCAACCACCACCACCGCCAAUUCAAGAAACUCCCCUCAGCACUGCCGUGUCUGCCCUUGAAUACCAGCACAGGAUUAAUGAUGAUGUUCUAGUGAUUCAAGAUCUACAAGGAGGUGUUCGUGAAGAAGCUGUGGUUAGUCUUGUAGUCGGUGAUAUACUACCAAAGCCAACAUUUCAAGAUCUUGGAUUAAACACUCAGAAUAUGAGACGAGAAACAGAAAACGUUAUCGAAAUUAGAGAGGAUGCCAUCCAACCAAUUAGAGGGUCGGCUUCUUUGAAUUCUUCCCUCUGCCAUAAUGAAGUUUCGAUUGCUGAUAACCUACGCAUAAGCGAGGAUGAAGAUGGUGAUGAUUACAGAAGGAGAGAUAUAGACAAGAAUAAAAUUGGGAUCUUGAAUUUGGUUAGAAGUCCUCUUGCAACUAGGAGAUCAACUUCAACAGGAAGAUUCAUGUUCACAAGGUAUGAAAAAGGCAGGAGUUCUAUGAUUCCUAAUUCAUUAGCAUAGUUAUUAUUAUUAUUAUUUUUGUUUCAAUUGGCUCCCAUUGAAAAUGGAAAUCGAGAGCUCAACCGUACUGAAAUAGCUCCAGUUUGUUCUUUCUUGUAUAAAACAAUUAUUUCCUCUUUCUUGUGUAACAUAGAAAGCACACCAUUAUAGAGAACUUGCAUAUGCAAUUUGACAAUGGAGAAUAUGAUUCCUGAA